AUGGAAGGAGAUAAAUGCCAGAAUUGCGGGCACUCUGGCCGCCACUCCAUUAGAAAGCACGGUACGACUAAAAACCGACCGACUGAUGUCUGCGGUGUAGGAUACGGUGUAUGCCUCGACACCGAGGGCCAAACCGUCACCACACGCAAAGCGAUGGUGGACAGCAGAUUUGACACAGCUCCAAAGAUAUCUCACCUGGAAAAGACGGCCGAAGGUGCGGCAAAACAAUACCACGAUGCCAUCCGGCAACAAAAGAAAAAGCACUGGAAUGAAUUCCUUGCAGACAACGAUAACAUAUGGAAAGCCGCUAAAUACCUGAAGUCGGGAGAGGAUGCAGCAUUUGGGAAGGUACCACAGCUUCAAGGUCUAUCCCUAGCAACAGCGCGGCAGCUAUUCACAUCGACGGUGGCCCCGGUGGUGACCACGCCUCCAAUGCCUAGAUGCACGGUUUCGAGAAUAUGGCCAUCGGACCGACCAACCGCGUCCAAAGAGAAGCGCAAGCGAUCACGGGUCGUGAAAAUAUGGACGGACACUCACAUCCUGCUAGAAACCAACCCUCUCCGCAGGAAUACAACGCGGUUCAAGAAAUGCAGAAGAUACCACCUAGCAGAUGCGCUGAAGAAUAUCGAGAUGGAGACACGAGAGACCAUCAACUCAUUUGCAUUGGUCUUACAGGGAGAACGCGUGCAGAUCCCAGCGAUACGGACCGAAACGGGCGGAGUUAUGCAGAUUGCGGUAAGCAGUUCGGUACGGAACAAUUUGGUAGGAUUUGGGGGAGUGAUCCAAAGCAAAUACCUCAAGACCUUCUCCAUACUAGGGGCAAGAGCAGAGCAGAAUCCAUACUCCGGGAAACUGGUAGCGAUGGCACACGCAUUGAGCACACUACCAGGACUCAAACAGUAUAGAAUCUCGCUGCUCACGAGUAACAAAGCGGUGGCUCUCACGCUAAGGAACCCUCGACAACGGUCCGACCAGGAACACUACAAAGACUUGCUAGACAACGUCGGGAGACACGCCAAACAAGUGGUUACAGCACUCCUAGGGAACACACUCGGCAGCUGUUAUGGAAUGAAGCGAGCUUACUAG